GCCCGGCGCGCUUUAUCGACAAGCGUGAUGGAGGGGCAGCAGGGGGAGCUCCGGCCUGCAGCUGGCCCCCGGCCCUGGGAGCUCAGUUGCUUUUGCCCCGUCUGCAGACCGCACUGUCGUCAGAGCCGGGAUUGCAGGCCGCCGUCACAGGUGAGAGAUCUAGCCUGCUGCUCGCCUUUUAGCUCUCCCUCGGGCGCGUGAAGCUGUGUUACUGGGUGUUGGCUGGGACACUGCUCCGACACCGCCCUCCAGCCAUAUAUCUUUUUCCCUCCCCCGCGGCCCUCCCCUCAACACCAUUCUCUCCUCCCCUCUCACACCCACCCACACCCUCGCUGCCUGACUACCCGGAGUCAUCCAAGAUGACUACGCUCGCAGUCGACCAGAACGCUGCGUCGUCGGCCAUUGACGAGCAUGAGUUCGACGACGAGCACGGCGAGCACCACCCGCACCGCAACUCGGUGCACCACCGGCUGCGCGCGAGCAGCUCCAUCAUGCAGCUGAAGAAGCUCCUGGUCGCCAACCGUGGAGAGAUCCCCAUCCGCAUCUUCCGAACGGCCCACGAGCUGUCGCUCCACACUGUCGCCGUCUUCAGCCACGAGGACCGCCUGAGCAUGCACAGGCAGAAGGCCGACGAGGCCUACGAGAUCGGGGCGCGCGGCCAGUACACGCCCGUCGGAGCUUAUCUUGCAGGCGACGAGAUCAUCAAGAUCGCGCUGCAGCACAACGUCAACAUGAUCCAUCCGGGCUACGGCUUUCUGUCUGAGAACUCCGAGUUCGCGCGGAACGUUGAGAGCGCUGGGCUUAUCUUCGUCGGUCCGGCCCCGGAGACCAUUGAGGCGCUCGGCGACAAGGUCUCAGCCCGCAAGCUGGCCAUCAAGUGCAGCGUGCCCGUCGUCCCCGGCACUGAGGGGCCCGUCGCGAAGUUCGAAGACGUCAAGGCCUUCACCGACAAGCAUGGCUUCCCGAUCAUCAUCAAGGCGGCCUUUGGCGGCGGUGGUCGUGGCAUGCGAGUCGUGCGCGAGCAGUCCUCCCUCAAGGACUCCUUCCAGCGAGCAACCUCGGAAGCCCUGUCGGCCUUCGGCAACGGCACCGUCUUCGUGGAGCGCUUCCUAGAUCAGCCAAAGCAUAUCGAGGUGCAGCUUCUUGGUGACAAUUACGGCAACAUCGUCCAUCUGUACGAGCGCGACUGCAGUGUCCAGCGCCGUCACCAGAAGGUGGUUGAGAUUGCCCCGGCCAAGGAUCUGCCAAUUGAGACCCGCGAUGCUAUCCUGAACGAUGCUGUCAAGCUAGCACAGUCGGUCAACUACCGCAAUGCCGGCACCGCCGAGUUCUUGGUCGACAAGGAGAACCGAUACUACUUUAUCGAGAUUAACCCGCGAAUUCAAGUCGAGCACACGAUCACCGAGGAAGUCACCGGUAUCGAUAUUGUCGCCGCGCAGAUCCAGAUUGCUGCGGGUGCGUCCCUCGAGCAGCUUGGCCUGACCCAGGAUCACAUCUCAACGCGAGGCUUUGCCUUCCAGUGCCGCAUUACCACCGAAGACCCUUCUCAGGGCUUUGCUCCGGAUACUGGCAAGAUCGAGGUGUACCGCUCCGCAGGUGGUAACGGUGUGCGUCUUGACGGUGGCAAUGGCUUCGCCGGCGCCAUCAUCACUCCUCACUACGACAGCAUGUUGGUGAAGUGCACAUGCCGCGGUUCCACAUACGAAAUCGUGCGCCGGAAGAUGCUUCGUGCGCUGGUCGAGUUCCGUAUCCGCGGCGUCAAGACCAACAUCCCUUUCUUGCUCAAGCUCCUCACACAUCCCACCUUUAUUGAUGGCAAGUGCUGGACCACCUUCAUUGACGAUACGCCUGCGCUAUUCGAACUCAUCUCCUCCCAGAACCGUGCCCAGAAACUUCUGGCAUACCUUGGAGAACUUGCCGUCAACGGCAGCCAGGUCAAGGGUCAGAUUGGCGAGCCCAAGUUCAAGGGCGAGAUCAUCCGUCCUAUUCUGCACGAUUCGAAUGGCACCAAGGUCGACGUAUCCCAGCCAUGCCAGAAAGGCUGGCGGAACGUGCUUCUCAAGAAUGGGCCUGAGGGCUUCGCCAAGGCUGUCCGCGCGAACAAGGGCUGCCUUAUCAUGGACACCACCUGGCGCGACGCCCAUCAGUCUCUGCUCGCUACCCGUGUGAGGACCGUUGACUUGCUCGGCAUCGCGAAGGAGACUAGCCACGCCUACUCCAACGCCUGGGCGCUUGAAUGCUGGGGCGGAGCUACUUUCGACGUCGCCAUGCGCUUCCUCUAUGAGGACCCGUGGGAUAGGCUGAGGAAGAUGCGCAAGCUCGUACCCAACAUUCCCUUCCAGAUGCUUCUCCGUGGAGCAAACGGCGUCGCUUACUCCUCGCUCCCAGACAACGCCAUCUAUCACUUCUGCGAGCAGGCCAAGAAGAACGGUGUCGACAUCUUCCGUGUCUUCGAUGCUCUCAACGACACCGAUCAGCUCGAAGUCGGUAUCAAGGCGGUCCUCAAGGCCGGCGGUGUCGCCGAGGGUACGGUGUGCUUCUCUGGCGAUAUGCUAAACCCGAAGAAGAAGUACAAUCUCCAGUACUACCUCGAGGUCGUCGACAAGAUCGUCAAGAUGGGCGCUCAUAUUCUUGGUGUCAAGGAUAUGGCCGGUGUCCUGAAGCCGCGUGCCGCUACCAUGCUCAUCGGUGCUAUCCGCGAGAAGUACCCUGACCUUCCUAUCCACGUGCACACCCACGACUCUGCUGGUACCGGUGUUGCCUCGAUGGUUGCCUGCGCUCUGGCCGGCGCUGAUGCUGUCGAUGCGGCUAUCGACAGCAUGUCUGGCAUGACCUCUCAGCCUAGCAUUGGCGCUAUUCUCGCAUCUCUCGAGGGUACCGACAAAGAUCCUGGCCUAGACAGCCAUAUGAUACGCCAUCUCGACUCCUACUGGGCGCAGCUCCGUCUCCUCUACUCGCCGUUCGAGGCUGGGCUUACCGGUCCAGAUCCUGAGGUUUACGAGCAUGAGAUUCCCGGUGGUCAGCUUACUAACCUCAUCUUCCAGGCCUCGCAGCAGGGUCUUGGUGAGCAGUGGGCGCAGACCAAGAAGGCGUACGAGCAGGCCAACGACUUGCUCGGAGACAUCGUCAAGGUUACUCCUACCUCAAAGGUCGUCGGCGAUCUUGCUCAAUUCAUGGUGUCCAAUGGACUCUCCUACGACGAUGUCAUCAACAAGGCAGAGCAGCUCGACUUCCCAUCGUCGGUGCUGGAAUUCUUCGAGGGGCUCAUGGGCCAGCCCUACGGGGGCUUCCCCGAGCCUCUCCGUUCGCAAGCCCUGCGUGGCCGUAGGAAGAUGGACAAGCGUCCCGGUCUGUACCUGGAGUCCAUCGACCUCGCCAAGGUUAAGGCCGACCUCAAGUCCAAGUGGGGAGACGCCACCGAGUGCGACGUCGCGUCCUACGUCAUGUACCCCAAGGUCUUCGAGGACUACAAGAAGUGGACCACCAAGUACGGAGACCUCUCGGUCCUCCCAACUCGGUACUUCCUCGCUCGUCCUGAAGUCGGAGAGGAGUUCCACGUCGAGCUCGAGAAGGGUAAGGUGCUCAUCUUGAAGCUCCUCGCCAUCGGUCCGCUCUCCGAGCAGACUGGUCUGCGAGAGGUCUUCUAUGAGAUGAACGGCGAGACGCGUGUCGUCACCGUCGAAGACCAGCAUGCGGCUAUCGAGAACGUCCGGAGGCCCAAGGCUGAUCCGACGGAUAGCAGCCAGGUCGGUUCGCCGAUGGCUGGUGUGCUCGUCGAGGUGCGCGUCCAUGAUGGCAGCGAGGUCAUGAAGGGUGACCCAGUGGCUGUCCUCAGCGCCAUGAAGAUGGAGAUGGUCAUCUCGGCGCCUCACUCAGGCAAGAUCGGCAACCUGUCGGUGCACGAAGGAGACUCGGUCGACUCAGGCGACCUGGUCUGCAAAAUUGUCAAGUGAGCUUUGCAAGAAUGGAUUUAGCUUUGCUUUUUCUUUUGCUUUGCAUGCACCAAACCAAUAGGGCUACUAACACUGUUGAAUUGAUAGGGAAGACUUCUAGCUGCGCAAAGCUGCAGUAGAAGCGACGCGAUGGCUCGGUACAGGACGGCUUUGAGAAUGGCUCCGCGUGCGUUUCGCAAGGGCGCUGCUUUCCGGUGGAUGGACGAGAGGGCGAGGACGGAUAGCCUUCUUUCUUACGUGGG